UACAUGAAACCCUACCGCUUGUGGUAGUGGAUAACAAGGAGGCCUCCCAUAUUCUAGGUCUAGAUUGGUUCCAUGAAUUAAGGUUUCAUAUUGAUAUCCCAAGUAAUCUAGAAGCAAAUCAGUGUUUCUCAUCCUCAACAGAGCCCCGAUCAAGUAGCCAACUAGCUAAGUCCCUCGAGGGUCUAACCAAAGAAUACCAUACUCUGUUCGCAGGCGGACUUGCGUUAUGCUCUACAUUUAAAGCUGAAAUUAAUCUUAAGGCUGGCACAAAGCCAAAGUUCUCCAAGCCGUACAACUUACCCUUCGCAUUUCACGAUGAAGUACUGGCCGAACUGAAUCGCUUAGUAAGUACUAACGUUUUACAGCCCAUUAAGGCCAGCGAAUGGGCAGCGCCCAUUGUGGUGAUACGGAAGCAGGGUGGCAAAAUACGGGUGUGCGCUGAUUUUAAGUAUCAAAUGAUGCCGUUUGGAAUUUUUAGCGCCCCUGGAAUUUUCCAACGGUUUAUGGAGCAACUGAUAGCAGGCAUCCCUGGUUGCGCGGUAUAUCUGGAUGAUGUGAUCGUUACUGGAGAAAAUGAUGAAAAUCAUGUGGCAAACGUUCGCCGAAUUUUUCAACGGCUAGAAGAAAAUGGACUUCGAUGUCGCCCAGAAAAAUGCACCUUUGUCAGUCAGCAAAUUGAAUACGCCGGUCACAUAAUUGAUGGUAACGGCAUUAAACCCUCAACCAAACGUUUAGAGGCGAUCCGAAUGAUGUCUCGGCAUAAAAACGUGCAUGAAGUAGAAGCCUUCAUUGGGAAAAUCAACUAUUAUAAUAAGUUUAUCCCGAAUUUCUCCGCAAAGGCGACCGCAUUGAAUAUCUUGAGAAGGCAAGGGCAAAAGUUUGAAUGGAGCGAGGCUCAGGACACUGCUUUUACAGCAUUAAAAGAUGAUAUAAUAACAGCGACCCAGAUCGUGCACCACAACGAUAAGCUACCCAUAAUUCUUGCAACGGACGCGUCAAAAUACGGACUCGGUGUCGUAAUAUCGCAUAGGUAUCCAGAUGGGUCGGAAAACCCAAUUGCUUUCGCAUCCAAAACGUUAAAUAAGAGCCAAAUAAACUACUCGCAAGUAGAAAAGGAAGCACUAUCCAUAGUAUUUGGCGUCACGCGUUUCCACCAGUACUUAUAUGGUCAUGCGCUCUCUCGACUUCCAAUGGGCGAAGACUUAGAGUUCGAUUAUUGGGAAAAUAAGAUACUUAACGUUUAUGAGGUCAAUGAAACUGCACUUGACACUUUUCCCAUUAGCUCCUCGACGAUCUCAAAGGAGACAGAAAAAGAUGUCCAGCUUCAAGUCGUUAAAAGAAUGAUUCAAGAUGGGUGGCCACAUCACUUGCCGGAAUCGCACGAAAGGCGUGAUAUUGUUUCAAACAGAGCACAAUCGAGUGGUUGUCCCAGCAACGUUGCAGCCAAAAGUCCUAGCUAUGCUUCAUGA